UCGCGACGCGCCGUCGCGGCUUGCGCCUGGGCCGACGCUGCCACCGCCGCCUUCGGGUUCCCCGUCGUCCGCGUCAUACCCGUAUUAUACGGCGUACGCGCGCGAGCGUUAUCUGAUGAUUCGCGUUUUUCUCUGUGAACCACCGACGCCGACGCCGCCGCCGAUAUAUCCUCGUGGUGUGGGUGCCGCCGCCGACGGAAUUCGCUUUUUCUGCUUCGCUGCUGUGACGGUUUCUGCAACCGUCUCGGCCAUCGCUCUCUCCGGCGCCACGCGCACCUGAAAUUAUAAAUAUUAUGUUAUUACCGUUAUUGUAAUAUCGUAUUCGCGGCCCGUCCGAGCGCGCGUUGGCCGACCACGAAAUAUUAUCCGCUUAGAACUCGACGUCCGUCGCCGUCUCGGCCGCAGCAGCCGUCGCUCAGUCGUCGGUACAGUGCGAAUCGCGCGCGCGCGCACAGUCCGUCGUCGUAGGUGGAUGAUCGCGCACGGACGGCGCGUACUCCCGCCGCCGCCGCCGCGUUGACAAAAACACAAGGAUACCGUGGUCAUGUUCUGUAGGUGGAUAUGCUGAAGGAUAUUCACAGUCCAGGAUUGGCAGCCGAUCUGGAGGACGGCAGCAACGGAUCUUGUUGCGCCGGUUGCGGUAGAUCGAUAGACGACCGUUUCUACCUGUCCGCGGUGGACAUGUGUUGGCACAUUGGUUGUUUGCAAUGUGCCGAAUGUAAACUGCCAUUGGACACGGAACUUACGUGUUAUUCUAGGCAUGGAAACAUCUAUUGCAAACAAGACUAUUACAGGCUGUUCUCGAUAAAACGGUGCGCCCGGUGUCAGGGCGGUAUCGGCGCUUGCGACCUGGUGAUGAGGGCCAAGGACCUCGUAUACCACGUMGAGUGUUUCGCGUGUUACGCCUGUGGCGCGGUCCUGUGCAAGGGAGAUUAUUACGGUGUGCGUGACGGCGCCGUUUUCUGCCGGCCGGACUUCGAGCGACUCAAGCACAGAGACAUGGCGUGCGAUCUGGAGCCGAUGUGCAGCCCUCCCCGGGCGGCCGGCCACCACUGGCCGUCGGCGCACAAGGGCCGGCCCCGGAAGAAGAGGAACGUACAACUGCUGUCGACGCCCAUGACGACGGCCGACUGCAACGGGCUCACCGAGCUCAACGUGCUCAGGAUACCGCAAUCGACAUUGGAAGUCAUGCAAGCCACAGAUCUAUCUUCAUCGAUGGAAUCGCUGACUUACGAAACGUCCAGCUUGUCCUCACCCACAAACUCUUCGACGAUGGGUACCACCGGUGGCAUGACGCAGCAGCAACAUCAGCAAACACGGACGAAACGCAUGCGAACGUCGUUCAAACACCACCAGCUGCGUACAAUGAAGUCGUACUUCAACAUCAACCAAAACCCAGACGCCAAGGACUUAAAACAGCUGGCUCAAAAGACUGGACUGUCCAAACGAGUGUUACAGGUUUGGUUUCAAAACGCUCGAGCUAAGUGGAGAAGAAACAUUAUGAGGCAAGAGAACAACCAAAUGGUAACCAGUUCCAUGUCGAACCAGAACCAGACUACGCCGUCCGACCCCGAUCUCAUCAGGGGACACACCCAGACCUCGCAGGGUUUAAACUUUGUCGAUCUCUUUUGAUUUAACAUACAUAAGUCGUAGCUAUAUAUCUAUUAUUAAACCACAAUCAUCAUCGUUACAGGAUAUAGGUUAUAGGUAUACUCUAUGUCAUCGUCGGUAAGUUCGACCAAGUAUUAGGCCAUUUGGCAGAUCCAAAGUAUCCAACAUCAACACAUUCGUCUCUUUGACCUGUCCCUAUUUACCAUUUUCUUUUAAAAUUCAAUAGAUAAAAUCCUGGUGACAAUGAUAUUCAUGGCCGUGUCCUACUACUAUACGUUAUACGGACUCGUGUUACAACUUAUACAGUUAUUGAUCGUCUCUACGCGCAUAAUUCAAAUAUUAUGUAGGAGAAUGAUAUCAAUACAAUAUAUUAUAUUAUAUUACGAUAUUCUUACCAAAUUAUUUGUGACGUGGUAUGUUAAUAUACGUAUGUUGCUAUAAUACGUAACCACGUGUAAAUUUUAAUUAGUAUAAUAUAAUACGUUUAACUGUUUAAGUGCUUAUUCGUAUAAGAAAGAGAAAACAAUUGUUCCUUAACUUAAUGUAUUAUUAUUACACUCUUAUAUAUAUUUAUUAUAAGUGUGUAUGUAUAAUAUGUAAUCCGUACAUAU